AUGCAUCUAAUACAAUUUUUGACAGUUGCGACACUAGCGGCUGGUGCUGCAGCCAAGAUUCCUUCUCAUCAACGAGAACAUGUUGUUCGCUCGCUCAAUCCGCGCCGUAAUGCUAGCUCGUCAACAACACCCCUGCAGGUCGGCAAUGGCAAUUUCGCAUUUGGUGCAGAUAUCACAGGUUUACAGACUUUCUCUCAUUUCGCCACUGAGAGCUCAUGGUCUUGGCAUAAUUUUAGUCUGCCAACGACACCUGGACAAAGCUCUCCUUCAGACUUCACCGGCCUAGACUGGUGGACACAUGGCGGGCUUGUCAAUUAUGAUAUGCCCAACCCAGCAGAAAAUGAUAUCUCAAAUUGGCUAAUUGAGAACCCUCAACGGCUGAGUAUCGCCAAUAUUGGUCUCCAUUUCUCGGAAGGGAAUAUCACGGAAGAGCAAUUGCUUUUUAAAUCUCAAGAUUUGGAUAUUUGGGAGGGCACAAUUCGAUCCACUUUUCGUUAUAAAGGAUCCAAUGUCUCGGUACAGGUUUGGUGUCACCCAGAUGACCCAAUCGUGGGCAUAGAAAUCAAGUCAGAUCUCCUUGAUUCAGGUGAUUUAGGAGUCUUCUUCGACUUUCCUACUUCUGACAUCAACAAAUUCGAUGCUCCAUAUGUUGGCGUAUGGAACGAGACGGCGAAUAGUACAGUACUGAUGAGGUCUACUUCUUGCACGGCCUCCUUCGAGCAUACUCUCGAUAGCAAUAUCAAUGGUCUUGGUAUUAAGUGGAGUGGAAAAGGUUUUGUUUCUGGUCCUUCACUUGGAACGAACCGAUUUACCCUCAAAUCCUCUGGAUCGAAUGCCAUUCAACUCGUUGCGGUCUUUCGUCCUGGGAGCGAUUCUCACUACAGUUUUCCAGCGUACAAUAAUAUUGCUUCUGCGUCAAGAGAGUGGUGGGCGGAUUACUGGACAUCUGGAGCUUUUGUCGACUUGUCUGCAACCAAAAAUACAAAUGCAACUGAGCUUCAGCGACGAAUAAUUCUCUCACAGUAUCUUGUUGCUGUGAAUGAAGCUUCUUAUAAUCCUCCCCAGGAAUCUGGUAUGACCCCUCUACGGCUCCUUGAAAUGUUUCUCUGGCAUUCCUUGCAGUUUGCCCGAUGGGGACAUUACGAUCUCUUAUCUCGAAGUGCCCCCAGCACAUACAAAAGAUUCCUUCAAUCCAGCAUUGAUAGAGCCACUCAACAGGGAUAUGCGGGUGCAAGAUGGGGAAAGAUGACAGAUCCAACAGGCCGCAGUGCCCCGGGUGAAAUAAACGCACUGCUCAUCUGGCAACAACCCCAUGUGAUGCAUUUCGCCGAGUACUUCUACCGAGAGUUCCCAAAUCACGAUACCCUGGAAGAAUGGGACGAGGUUAUAACAGCAACGGCCGACUUUAUGGCAUCUUAUGCUUGGUGGAACCAGUCCACUAAGGUAUAUGAUCUAGGGCCUCCAAUGUACCCGGUCAGCGAGAAUACAAGCCCAAACGUCACUACCAAUCCGACAUUUGAGCUUGCUUACUGGCGCUUCGGUCUCGAUAUCGCUAUUCAGUGGAAGGAACGCCAAGGCAUCGCGAUUCCCGGUGCAUGGACUACCGUGCGGGAUAAUCUCGCGCCAUUGCCCAUUAUUGAUAACGCGUAUGCUGUGUACGAGGGCAUUCCCGACAUGUGGCAGCCGAAUACUACCACUGUACAAGAUCAUCCCGCCAUGGCUGGAGUUUAUGGUCUACUUCCACCACCACUUACAGGGACACCAUUGAAUAUCACUAGUAUGCGCCAUACUGCUGCGCUAAUCAGGGAACUUUGGGACUUUGGGGACUCUUAUGGAUGGGACUUUAGUAUGUUGGCUAUGAACAGCCUGCGACUUGGUGAUGUGGACCAAGCCGUUGCAUAUCUUCUUGAUGAAUACUAUGUCUUUGAUGAUGCGGGAUAUGCUGAAGGAGGAAGUCGAGUCCCAACUCCUUAUAUGCCCGAUGCUGGUGGCUUGUUACUUGCUGCUGCUAUGAUGGCGGGCGGUUGGGACGGCGAUGAAGGCCCACACUUCCCAGAGAAUUGGGAUGUAGCAGUAGAGGGCUUCAGUCCGAGUCUUUAA